UUAGUUCUCUUUCUUUCCCCUCCCCUCGCCCCCACCUAGGAGCUUGUAAGAAGUGGACUGGCCUAGGACCUUGUUCCCCACCCAGCAGCCCUCUUUGUUGGUUUCCUGGGGAAUUCUCUCCAGUUAGGACUGGGGGCUAGGUGGAUUUUCUGCCCCAGAACCCUGGGUCUGGCUCUGAGAUAAGCCUUCCAAUAUGGACGGAGGGCUUGGAGAUUCUGAGAAUGGUUGGUUGGGUUGACAGAGUGUGCUUGUUGGGGGAAAUCUCAGCAGGCCUCACAUUUUGGGAAGCACACAAAAAACUGGAAAGUUCGAAGACUUGACUUGGAAUGGGCAGCUUUGGUCCCGGGACGGGGAGUGUAAAUGGCCAAGGCACCUAGCUCACGCCUGAACUGGGCAAGAAGAGUUAGAUACCGCAGCGGCUGCUAGAUCCUAAGAUGCCGAUUCUGUGGAGUUGGGAGCUUCGUUCAACCUGUACCCCCAUCCCCAUCCAAGACCAAAACACGCUGCUGGCUGUGUUCACUGUGGCCACUGCGGCUGCCUCUCCCCUCCGCUCCCGAAUUUGGAGCGGACCCUCGACAGUCAAUUUUUGUGGGCUGUGCUACCCUUGGUCUUAUCAUCCUUGCACUGGAUGGGUUUUCCAUCAACUACAUUCUUUUCCCUGCUCUCUGCAGUCGGCUUAGUUUAAAGUCUGUUUACUUGUCCCGGGGAAAGGUGAAUUCAUUAGAGUCUGUGGAUGGGACCCAGACAAAUAGUGCCGCGUCUCAUCAUCAAUCACGCCGGGUUUGCUUGCUCCUGCUGCCGGCUGGGAGCGCUUGUCGCGGCGGCAGGAAGCGGCCCUGGAAAGCAAUCUGAAGCGUCUUGAUGGAGAAACAGAGCCAAGAGAAGCAGCUGCCCUCGGCCUCAGCCCACCGCCUCGCUACCGCCCCUCCGCAGCCCGCGGCUUCCCCGCACCCCAUCACUGCGCCCCCGCCAGCAGCCUUACGCUCCUUCUCCGCCACUCUCACGGCUCCGGCUCUCACCUCCCCAACCCCAGCGGGUGACGCUCCAAUCAGUUCCCCGCCCGCGCCGAGAACAACCUCGGCUCUGCGCUAUUUGCUGGCUGGGGCCCCAAUUUCUUCUGGAGCUCACACCAAGAACCCUGGAGUGCGGAAUAAAGAUUUCACUGGGUCACAAUGAUGAUUCAAACGUUAACUUGAAGUUUUGUGUUUUUUUUUUUUUUCAAAGACGGUAAAGGAUGAUCUUUCUUUGAACAACAAAAUCAAACAAAGUGAACUGCUGCUGUUUCCCUGAUGAGUUUCCCUAAGGAAAAGGCGAGUUUCUUCCUCUGCCCAGAUACUAACAUCUAAUGAACUUUUU